CGCCGAGAGCCAAAAGGAGGCGGCGGGUGGUGAGCGGCCCGGAGCCCGCGCGGGACCAUGUACUCGGCCCCCCGGCCGCUGCCCGCGCCCGGCGCCGCCGCCCCCCGCGGCCUCGGCAUGUUCGUGUGGACAAAUGUGGAGCCACGAUCAGUGGCCGUAUUUCCCUGGCACUCGCUUGUCCCGUUCUUGGCACCCAGCCAGCCUGACCCUUCUGUUCAGCCCAGUGAGGCCCAGCAGCCAGCCAGCCACCCUGUCUCCUCUAGCCAGAGCAAAGAGCCUGCCGAGUCAGCAGCAGUAGCCCAUGAGCAGUCCCCCAGUGGGACAGGGGGCCCAGAAUCUGGACGGCCACCUGGGGCCACCUGUCCUGAGAGCCCAGCUCCCGGGCCUCCACAGGCCCCUGGGGCCUCCGAAGGCAGCAAGGUUCCACCUCAGCAUUCUGAGGAGGAAGGCCCUGGCCCUACAGGGGAGAGUCGGCUGGACAGCGAGACAGAGAGUGACCACGAUGAUGCGUUCCUCUCUAUCAUGUCUCCGGAGAUCCAGUUGCCACUACCACCAGGAAAGCGCCGGACGCAGUCCCUCAGCGCCUUGCCCAAGGAAAGAGAUUCCUCUUCUGAGAAGGACGGGCGCAGCCCCAACAAGAGGGAGAAGGAUCACAUCCGACGCCCCAUGAACGCCUUCAUGAUAUUCAGCAAGAGACACCGGGCCCUGGUGCACCAGCGCCACCCGAACCAGGAUAACCGGACUGUCAGCAAAAUCCUGGGCGAGUGGUGGUAUGCACUGGGGCCCAAGGAGAAGCAGAAGUACCACGAUCUGGCCUUCCAGGUGAAGGAGGCCCACUUCAAGGCCCACCCAGACUGGAAAUGGUGCAACAAGGACCGGAAGAAAUCGAGCUCAGAUGCCAAGCCCGUGGCCCUGGGUCUGACAGGAGGCCCCAAGGAGAUGCGGGAGCGCAGCAUGUCAGAGACCGGCACAGCAGCUGCUCCUGGAGUCUCAUCAGAAUUACUGUCAGCAGCAGCCCAAACCCUGCUGGGCACAGAGGUCAAGACCCCUGCAUCUGGCCCUGGGACGGCAGAACGGCUCCACCCAGCAGGGCCUGGCCCCACCAGGCCGAGAGCUUUCUCCCACAGUGGUGUGCAUGGCUUAGAUGGGGGUGAAGCAGACAGCCAGGCGCUGCAGGAACUCACCCAGAUGGUGUCAGGGCCAGCUCCCUACACGGGGCCGAAGCCUCCGCCUCAGUAUGGGGGCCCAGGACCCUUUGCCACUCCCAGUGAGGGUGGAACCUUGGCAGGUGGGCGGCCCCCAAUGCUGCCAGCAAGACCAUCCCGCUCCCAGCGCACAGCUAGCGAAGACAUGACCAGUGACGAGGAGCGGAUGGUCAUUUGUGAAGAGGAGGGAGAUGAUGAUGUUAUAGCGGAUGACAGCUUUGGCACCACUGACAUCGACUUAAAGUGCAAGGAGCGGGUGACGGACAGUGACACCGAGGACAGUUCUGGGGAGGACCCAGAGGGGGCCAAGGGAUUUGGCAGGAAGUUGUUCUCACCUGUGAUCCGUUCAUCCUCUCUAUCUGCUGCCUUCACACACUGCCGCCCAGCACUGGAGUCCGAACCCCCUGGAGCCCCUGACCCUUCCGCUUUUCCCAAGGGCUAUGGCCCUGCACCCACCUCCUCCUCUUCUUCCUCCUCCUUCCAGUCGGCUCCCCGGGAGCCUGGUCGAGGUGCAGCUGGAGGGCCUCUGCGUGCCCAGCACCCGGCUGGGGGAGGCCCGCUGCCUCCUAAAGCCCGAUUUCCUCCUGUGGACCCAAAUGCCUAUCGGCGCAAGCGGCCAGAGAGCACAGCAGGGCCAGAGCCCUUCCCCGGCCCCUCAGUCAUUGCCUCGCCCCCCGGAGGAGGUGUCCUACAGGCCUUGGUGCUGCCCUCCGGGGGCAGCCUGUACCCGGCCAAGGAACCCCCAGAGCGGGACAGCAGUGUGGCCCGACUGCCAUCAGCCACAGUGUUGGUGACAGCCCCUACCUCCCUAGGGAGUGGAGGGCUCACCUAUGGAGCCCCACCGGCUCCCCCACGUCCCGCUCCAACUGUGGUGACCAAUGUGGUACGGCCAGUCAGCAGUACACCUGUGCCCAUUGCUUCUAAACCCUUCCCUGGAGUGGGACGAGGUGAGGGGUCACCAGCUGAAGGAGGCGCCAAAGGGGAGGCGGGGGCUGGUCCCCGAGCACCAGGGGGCUCCCCACUCGGUAUUGGUCUGGUCUACACUGAUAAAAAACAAGCAGCCCCUACAGCCCCGCAUCUGGUGGCAGGACCCCUUCUGGGAGUGGGCAAGGCCCCUGCUGCUGUGACUAACCUUCUCGUGGGCGCCCCAGGCUAUGGCACCUCUGCCCCUCCAGCCGUGCAGUUCAUUGCCCAAGGCCCACCUGGUGGAGGCGGGGCAGCGGCUGCAGCAGGGCCCCCCACUGGCAGUGGCCCCAACGGCCCCGUGCCCCUGGGCAUCCUGCAGCCCGCCCCUCUAGGCAAGCCUGGGGGCAUCACUCAGGUGCAGUAUAUCCUGCCCACGCUGCCCCAGCAGCUGCAAGUGGCCCCAGCCCCAGCAGCGCCUGGCCCCAAAGCCGCAGCUGUCGGGGGCUCAGGCCCUACGGCCAGCAUCCGCUUUGCCCUGCCACCAGGAACUACCACCAAUGGGAAGGUCCUGGCACCAGCCACCCCAGCCCCUGGGAUUCCCAUUCUGCAGCCAGUGCCCUCUCCUGCACCCCCGAAAGCCCAGUCGGUGUCUCCAGUGCAGGCCCAGCCCUCAGCAGGCCCCACCCAGCUGCUGCCUGGGAAGGUCCUGGUGCCCCUGGCAGCACCUAGUGUGGCAGUACGGGGUGGGGGGGCCAGCCAGCCUCUACCUUUGGUGAGCCCACCCUUCUCUGUUCCAGUGCAGAAUGGAGCCCAGCCAUCGAGCAAAAUCAUCCAGCUCACCCCAGUGCCAGUGACCACCCCUGGUAAUCUGGUACCCCCACUCAGCCCGGCCACGCUGCCCAGUCCUGCAUCCCAGUCUCAGAAGGUCAUUUUGCCCUCUUCCACCAGAAUAACUUACGUACAGUCGGCUGCUGGGCAUGCCCUUCCCCUGGGCCCCAGCCCUUCUUCCAGCCAGAGUGGAGCCCCUGGCACCCCAGCCUCUUAUGGGCCGGCCAGCUCCGUGGCGCUGGGCUUCACCACCAUCGGGCCCAGUGGCCCUGCCAUAGUCCAGCCCCUGAUCUCAGGCCAAGCCCCGCUGCUGGCCCCAGGCCAGGUUGGCGUAUCACCAGUCCCCAGUCCUCAGCUGCCACCAGCCUGUGCUGGGGGUCCUGUCAUCACAGCAUUCUACCCUGGCGGGCCAGGGGGCCCCUCAGCCAUGCCCCUCCCUCAGCCAGCCCCACCAACCCCAGCCCCUCCUGGUCUCGUCUAUACUGUGGCCACCAGCGCUGCCCCACCUGCUGCCAUCCUGCCUAAGGGCGGGGCACCUGGUCCUCCAGCCCCCACUGCCUCUCAGACCCCUACCAGUCCUUUCCCCAGUGCCACAGGCUCCGUGGCCUAUAGCUUGGUGACCCCAAAAGCCCAGCGUCCACCACCCAAGCCCCCACAGAAAGUGAAGGCGGCCAUUGCCAGCAUCCCCGUGGGCUCCUAUGAGUCUGGCGUCCCCACCCGGCCAGGCCCUGUCCCCCGGCAGGCUGCAGAGCAGGGCGCCCCCAGGGAGGUGGCCCCGGAGACAGAAGCUGAUGGUGGGCCAGCCACGCCCGCACCCCCACCUCCACCAGAUAAUUGGGCUCCACCUGGCCGAGAGAGCGCCCGCAGCAGCCCUCCCCCUGCCCCGCCAGCAGAGGAUCGGCCAGGAGUCAAGGCAUCAGAGACGGCCAGCAAGAUUCCCAGUUCCCCUGAUUGGCGGAUUCCAGCUCUGGCACUGGAGAGCCGUGGGGAGCCCCCGGCUCCGCCCAGCCCAGCUCCCGCCCCUGGGGGCAGUGAAGGGGCAAGUGGGCGGCCUCCAGGGGCUGGGGACACCCCGGAGCGGAAGGAAGCCCCCAGCAAGAAGGUCAAGGUUCGGCCCCCUCCCCUGAAGAAGACUUUUGACUCGGUGGACAACAGGGUCCUCUCUGAGGUGGACUUUGAGGAGCGCUUUGCAGAGCUGCCUGAAUUCCGGCCAGAGGAGGUGCUGCCCUCACCCACCCUGCAGUCGCUGGCCACCUCCCCCCGAGCCAUCCUGGGCUCCUACCGGAAGAAAAGAAAGAACUCAACUGACCUGGACUCAGCCCCAGAGGACCCCACCUCCCCCAAGCGCAAAAUGAGGCGUCGUUCGAGCUGCAGCUCUGAGCCCAACACGCCGAAGAGCGCCAAGUGUGAGGGCGACAUCUUCACCUUUGACCGGACUGGCACUGAGGCAGAGGAUGUGCUGGGGGAGCUGGAGUACGAGAAGGUGCCCUACUCGUCUCUGCGCCGCACCCUGGACCAGCGGCGGGCACUGGUCAUGCAGCUCUUCCAGGACCAUGGCUUCUUCCCCUCAGCCCAGGCUACGGCGGCGUUCCAGGCCCGCUACGCAGACAUCUUUCCCUCCAAAGUGUGUCUCCAGCUCAAGAUCCGAGAGGUCAGACAGAAGAUUAUGCAGGCAGCCACACCCACAGAACAGCCCCCUGGUGGGGAGGCCCCUGGACCUGGGCCUCCACCAGCUAGCGCAGGGGCUGCUCCUCCGCCCCCCUCUGAGGGCCCUGACUCGCCCCCACCUGCUCCGGACUCUUCCUCAUCCUCCGUCCCCUCAGCUGCCCCUCCCCAGCCCUCGGAGCCUGCGCCCGGUGAAUCGAGCUGGGAUGGGGCCAGCCAGCCUUCCCCUCCACCCCCUGGCCCUUCCCCAGGGGGCAGGUGAGGUGUCUGCCGGGGAGUGACAUCCCCGAGGGUCCAGAGACCCCCAUGGAGGAGACAGAUGGCCCUGAGCUGGCCCUGGGCAGGAAGCUGUGUGGGGAGGGUGGGUAGCCCUGUACAUUAAGCCUCCCUCCAGUGAAAGGAGGAAUAAGGUCCCCUCUUCCUACUGCUUCCCUCCCUGGGGACUAGGGGGAGGCAGCAGAGGGCAGAGGGGGGACUCUGGCCCCCACGGAGCCCCUGUACAUAACCUGGAGUUUGUUAUCUUGCGAAUCUUUUCACUCUACUUUAUGCAAAAUGGCUCAUGAGGGCAGGACUGAAGGAGGGAAAGAUGGGAGCCCCGCUCCCCCAUGUGAGGGGGUACUGGGGAGAUAGCCCAGAACUGAGGGUGGUGGCACCCACUUCCCUCUCUCCCCUCCCUCAAGGGGCUGGACUCAGGUUAGUUUGGAGGUAGGGGUGGAGGAUCAAGGUUGGGGGGCCUCCUGCACUUUGGCCCUGGGUCGGCGGGGGGGCAGGGCAGGGUGCACCCCUUUCCUCCUUACCUGCUCCCCCACCAGGCUGUACUUUCUAAGAAGGCAAUUUCCCUGUCCCCCCACCCCCACCCCUGGAACAAUACAUGUUGAUCAUGUGCAAUAUUUCUUACUGUGCCGAGAAGCCUCGAAGACCGAGAUUAAAGCUGUUUUAACACACGUG